AUGUCUACGGACACGGGCGCUGAUUCUGCUUCGCUCAAUCUCAACCUGACGCCCGAGGAGAAGCGAGUGUACGGUGACCUCUUCAAGCAAGCUGACCCCGAGAAUCUCCGAGUCGUCACGGGCGAUGCCGCCGUGAGCUUCUUCGACAAGACGAGGCUCGACUCGCGUGUGCUAGGAGAGAUCUGGCAGAUCGCCGACAAGGAGAACCGCGGGUUCCUGACGCCGACCGGCUUUGGCGUCGUCCUGCGCCUCAUCGGCCAUGCCCAAGCCGGCCGUGAACCGAGGGCCGAUUUGGCGCUCAAGCCGGCCCCCCUGCCUCGAUUUGACGGCAUCCACACCGCCGCCGCCCCGGCGGCCUCGACGUCACCCUUGGGGUCGUCGCCUAUACAAGCCCAGGGCACUGGUGGUGCCGUCCGAAUUCCCGCCCUGACCCCGGACAAGGUUGCCCAGUAUUCGGCCCUGUUCGAACGACAGCCUUUGCAGGGCAACAUGCUCGCGGGUGACCAGGCUCGACAAAUCUUUGACAAGUCCGGCUUGCCAAACGAGACGCUCGGCAGGAUAUGGGCCUUGGCUGAUACCGAGCAGCGUGGCGCCCUGGUUCAGCCCGAGUUCAUCAUCGCCAUGCACCUGCUCACCUCGAUGAAGACGGGCGCUCUCCGCACCCUACCCAACGUCCUACCCGCUGGCCUGUACGAAGCCGCGACGCAGCGUGCGUCCGUCUCGGGCCCUCGGCAGUCGCCCAACAGCACCGGCCUUUCCGCCAUCCCUAGGCAGAUGAGCGGCACGGCCCAGGCUCGCACCAACAGUCCCCACGGGCGGGCUUCCCUCUUGGCCCCCCAAACCACCGGACCGGCCGCGGGCGACUGGGCCGUCACGCCGGCCGACAAGGAGCGCUUUGAUCAGAUCUACGCCACCUUGGACAAGACGAAGAAAGGAUACAUCACCGGAGACGAGGCCGUGCCCUUCUUCAGCCAGUCCAACCUGUCCGAGGAGGCACUGGCGCAGAUCUGGGACCUCGCAGAUUUCAACAGCCAAGGCCAGCUCACCUCGGAUGGCUUCGCCGUCGCCAUGUACCUGAUUCGACAGCAGCGUAGCGGGCGAUCGGCCGCGUUGCCCGCCGCUCUGCCGGCCAACCUCAUCCCACCCAGCAUGCGCAACCAGGCGCGUGCGCCGGCCCCGACGUCUGCCUUUGACCCGCCGCCUGCGACGCAGCCUCCUCCGCCUCAGCCGUCAUCGGCCCUCGAUGACUUGUUCGGCCUCGACUCGUCGGCGCCCAACCCGAUGACGGCCGCUCCGGCCCAGGCACCCAUGUCCACGGGAGGUUCCAACGCCAACGACCCGUUCGCGGGAGGCUCGGCUGUCUUGUCGCCGUCAUCUCCCAUCAGGAGCGCAGCCUCCAACUCGGCAUUCAAGCCGUUCGUUCCAUCCUCGUCUUUCGGCAAGGGCCUCUCCGCCCAGCCGACCGGCGAUGGUCCCAAGCAAGCGCAGGCCGAGGAUCUUUUGGACGACCACGACCCCGAGUCGAGCCAGCGGAUAACGGGCGAGACCACCGAGCUCGCAAAUCUUUCGAACCAGAUCGGCUCGCUGUCCAAGGAGAUGCAGGACGUCCAAGGCAAGAGGACCGUCACCCAGAACGAAUUUAAUCAAACAAGCUCGCAGAAAAAGAACUUUGAGCAGAGGCUGGCGCAGCUUCGGACCCUGUACGAAAAGGAGGCCGCCGACGCCCGGGCCCUCGAGGAGCAGCUGCGGAAGUCUCGAGCCGAUACCCAGAGGCUCCAAGGCGAAUGCAUGGCCUUGGAGGGGGAGUACAGGGACGCCCAGGCACAGCACCGGCAAGUGGCCGAGGCAUUGCAGUCGGAUCAGCAGGAGAAUGCCGACCUGAGGGAACGUAUCCGUGUCAUCAAUGGCGAGAUUGCUCAGCUGAAGCCGCAGAUUGAGAAGCUCAAGUCGGAGGCGCGUCAGCAGAAAGGCCUCGUCGCCAUCAACAAGAAGCAGCUGGCGACGACAGAGAAUGAGCGCAACAAGCUCAAGGCGGAGGCAGAGGGCUCGGUCAGGGGGGGCGACGAAGGUUCUCGCCAACUUGACAGUGCUUCGCCGGCCCAUGCAUCGUCGGCUUACAUCGCGAGCCCGACCUUGUCAACAAGCAGCGCCAACAAUCCAUUUUACAAGCGCACGGCGAGUGCGGACGUUGUCGGCCCCUUUCCCCUGCCCACGAGGUCCGUAUCCAACAAGUCCUUUGACGACGUCUUCGGCCCGUCCUUGCCUCCCGGCUCGUCCAACACUCCGCCGCUACCAACAGGCGUGUUCAAGCAGCAGCAUACCGGGAAUUCUGCUACCAGCGUGGGAUCGUACAACACGGCCAACACGGCCACCUCGACCCCGAACAUGAGUCACCAGGGUACGAUAAUAUCCGAGCCACCGGCUCCGCCUGAGUCAAGGCAGAUCAGCUCCAGCUUCCUACCCUUCCCUGACCACACGGAGUCGCUGUCGUCAUCCCGCCAAGUGUCACCUCCUGCGUCUCGCGCCGAAGGGUCGGCUGUGAGCUUGACGCCCAUCCCCUACCUCGGCGACUCCAGCCCGCGUGUGCCUGCCACAAUGGGUGUCCCGACGACGUCCGAGGAUGAAGACGAGAAGGGCAAGGCUGCGAGUCCCGCCACCCCCACCAAUAUUCCCGGGAGUUUCUAUCCUGCCAUCAUGGCCGAGACUGCCCAAAAGGCCUCUCAGGGCGAGACCCUUGCCGUGAAUGAACCUGAACAAUUCAGGAACACCGACCAGGCCAAGGCAAAAACUGAUUUCGACAAUGCUUUUGCCGCCUUCGCAUCCAGCAAAGACUCCAGCGCCGCGGAAGGCUCUAACACACAGGCCACAUUCGACUCGGAGUUUCCGCCAAUCUCGGAACUUGAACGCGAGGAAGAUAGCGAAUCGGAUAGCGAGCAAGGCGGGUUUGAUGAUGAUUUCACAACCGCAUCCCCCCAGCAGAAAUCCGGAGGCAAGAAAUCGAGCAGAAAAGGACGUACGACUGCAGUUACCGACAAGACUGACGGCUUUGCCGCGGCAAAAGUGCCCAUCGCAGACGACCAGCUGGCGGAGCCUGCGACUUCGAGCUUGGAGCAGCCACGGUCCGCGGCUACCAUGACCAAUUCGAAAGCAGCUGAUACGCAGUCGACAGCAUUUGGGAAUGACAUGUUUGGUUCCGCUGCUCCGGCUCCAAUGGCCUCGUCGAAUCCACUGGCGAACGACGUAUUGAGCUCCGCUGCUCCUGCUCCAACGACCUUGAAGCCACUGGCGAACGACAUUUUCAGUUCGCCUGCUCCGGCCCCGACGACAUUGAAGCCACUGGUAAAGGACAUUUUUAACCCUCCUGCUCCUGUUCCAGCCGUUUCAGCUCCUGGACCGAUGAAGCCAGCGGCGAAGGGAGCUUUCGAUGACCUGGAUGAAGACUUUGAUGGCCUGGAGGACGCAAAAGAGGGCUCGGCGGAUGACGACUUUGCGAACAUCUCUCGGGACGACUUCAAUCCCGUCUUCGACAGCAGUCCGCCCACGAGUCAAGCAAAGAGCGAGUCGACUGCCUUUGGAAACGAGAGCAGCUUUGACUUUGUGCCCUCCCAGUCCGUUGCCAGCGGCAGCGGCAUGGCAGGAGAUGGCCCUCAGAAAGGCUCCGACAAUCACGACUGGGAUGCCAUCUUUUCGGGCCUCGACAAGCCAACCACAGCCACCCCACCCGGUUUCAACAGCGAGAAAUCCAAGAGUGAUGGCAAGAAAGACAAAGGCCCUCUUCCAGGUACCGCCCUGGCUGAACCGGGGGAGCACGACGACCCGAUCCUCAAGAAUCUGACGGGCAUGGGCUACUCGCGGAAGGAUGCCGUGGCAGCGUUGGAAAAGUAUGACUAUAAUUUGGAGAGGGCUGCCAACUUCUUAGCUAGCCAGUCAUAG